CAGGAGGCAUCCUCCUCCUCCUCCCGCCAGCCCCGGCUGCGCGGCCAGGCUCGCCGCCUCGGCUCCAGUCUGCCCUCCCGCAUCCCCUCGCUUCCCGCACCGCCGCAGCUCCUUCCUGGCCUUGGGACCCGCGGCAUCACCCUCGAAACAUGACUCGCGAUUUCAAGCCUGGAGACCUCAUCUUCGCCAAGAUGAAAGGUUAUCCUCAUUGGCCAGCUCGAGUAGAUGAAGUUCCUGAUGGAGCUGUAAAGCCACCCACAAACAAACUACCUAUUUUCUUUUUUGGAACUCAUGAGACUGCUUUUUUAGGACCAAAGGACAUAUUUCCUUACUCUGAAAAUAAGGAAAAGUACGGCAAGCCAAAUAAACGAAAAGGUUUUAAUGAAGGUUUAUGGGAGAUAGAUAACAAUCCGAAAGUUAAAUUUUCAAGUCAACAGGCCUCAACUAAACAAUCAAAUGUAUCAUCUGAUGUUGAAGUUGAAGAAAAAGAAACCAGUGUUUCAAAGGAGGAUACUGAUCAUGAAGAAAAAGCCAGUAACGAGGAUGUGAGUAAAGCAAUUGAUAUAACUACUCCAAAGGCUGCCCGAAGAGGGAGAAAGAGAAAGGCAGAAAAACAAGUAGAAACGGAGGAGGCAGGGGUAGUGACAACAGCAGCAGCAUCUGUUAAUCUAAAAGUGAGCCCAAAAAGAGGACGACCUGCAGCUACAGAAGUCAAGAUUCCAAAACCAAGAGGCAGACCCAAAAUGGUAAAACAACCUUGUCCUUCAGAGAGUGACAUGGUAACUGAAGAAGACAAAAGUAAGAAAAAGGGGCAAGAGGAGAAACAACCUAAAAAACAGCUUAAAAAGGAUGAAGAAGGCCAGAAGGAAGAAGAUAAGCCAAGAAAAGAGCCCGACAAAAAAGAGGGGAAGAAAGAAGUUGAAUCAAAAAGGAAAAAUUUAGCUAAAGCAGGGGUUACAACAACCUCUGAUUCAGAAGAAGAAGGAGAUGAUCAAGAAGGUGAAAAGAAGAGAAAAGGUGGAAGAAACUUUCAGGCUGCUCAUAGAAGGAAUAUGAUGAAAAGCCAACAUGAGAAAGAAGCAGCAGAUAGAAAACGCAAACAAGAGGAACAAAUGGAAACUGAGCAGCAGAAUAAAGAUGAAGGAAAGAAGCCAGAAGUUAAGAAAGUGGAGAAGAAGCGAGAAACAUCAAUGGAUUCUCGGCUUCAAAGGAUACAUGCUGAAAUCAAAAAUUCACUUAAAAUUGAUAAUCUUGAUGUGAACAGAUGUAUUGAGGCCUUGGAUGAACUUGCUUCACUUCAGGUCACAAUGCAACAGGCUCAGAAACACACAGAGAUGAUUACAACACUGAAAAAAAUACGGCGAUUUAAAGUUAGUCAGGUUAUCAUGGAAAAAUCUACUAUGUUGUACAACAAGUUUAAGAACAUGUUUUUGGUUGGUGAAGGAGAUUCUGUGAUCACACAAGUGCUGAAUAAAUCUCUUGCUGAACAAAGACAGCAUGAGGAAGCAAAUAAAACCAAAGAUCAAGGGAAGAAAGGGCCAAACAAAAAGCUAGAAAAGGAACAAACAGGUUCAAAGACUUUAAAUGGAGGAUCUGAUGCUCAAGACAGUAGUCAGCCACAGCAUAAUGGAGACAGCAAUGAAGAAAGCAAAGACAGCCAUGAGGCCAGCACUAAGAAAAAGCCAUCCAGUGAAGAGAGAGAGACUGAAAUAUCUCUGAAAGAUUCUACAGUAGAUAAUUAGGUUGGCAUACCUAGAAAGAAAGAACAUUUGAGAAGUUUGUAAUGGUUUUCAUUUGAAAUACUGAGACUGCUGAAAGUUUUAAAUUUUUGUAAGCAUAGGUUUUGAGGUUUA